AUUUGAUCAAACUCCAUGGUGUUCGUUCUUCUUUCUAUAUCAUUAUUGCUUAAUUUGACUUGAAUGACGAAAAAACCGAACGUCAGCGAGUUCAUGCCUAUUUGCUGUGAGGUGAAUUCUAGGGGACAGCUGCAAUACAUUGUGUUUGGGUUCCUGCUUUUAUGAUGGAUACAAUGAAUGGUUGACCGCUGUCAGUUUAACACUGUUAUUCGUGAUUACGAAACACUGUUAAUUGUGAAUACGAAUAUGGCCAAUGAAUGCUCCUUUAUAUAAUCCUCAAUGCUGCGAAUUGUGGACUAUUUCUACUUUGCUGAGUAUUCUAAUUUAUCUGAAGAUCGUUGAUCUGUUAGUUUUUGCUAAGUCACUAUGUGAUAUACUACCGCAUUUCUGCUCAUCUGAUGCUUACGGCUGCUUGAAGCACUCCAAAAGAUGUAAGUUUUUUCUGACUAAGAUUUGAUUGAAACUACCCAGUGUUUUCUAAGACCG